AUUACCGUACAGCAGCAGACACAGCGCAGGAGGAGCCGGCCUGUCACUGGCAUGGCAUGGAGUCAGCAGCUGCUGCCCCGCCCGCCGCAUCCGGUCGCUCAGGAGUGACGCUGCCGGAAGUGACACGCGCCGCACUCCGGCUGCUGCUGGCGAUGGAGAUGGCGACUGCUGGCAGCCGGAACCUCCUGCUUCUCCUGCCCUUCACUGCCGUCCUUUGUCUCCAUCUCAGCCGGGCCGAAAACGCGGAGCCUUCGCUAUGGCGGGUCCCGCUGUCCCUGAAUGGGACAGCUUUCAGCUUUGGGAAGAUUCUUUUUCGAGACUCCGUCAUCAACAUCUACUUUGAAGGUAGCCAGAAGACCUGUAGUAAUAUGAAUGUCACAUGGUACCUGCGCCACUGCAACUGUUACAAUGAAGUUUCCGGGUUUAGGGAAGAGAAUGUACAGAAUUAUCUCACGGUCUCUCCAAAGCCGACUAGCUGGACGGGUUCUCAUGUCAGACACACACAUGUGAUGUCUUGUGACAACGCCACCAAACCUCAGGUGUUUUGCAAGGAAAGUCCUCCAGUGAUGGAUGACAAACUUUCUGAGAAGAAUGAUUAUAUGGCCAACGUUACAGUGUGUCCUGACAAAGCUGUGAUGAAUGCAGCAGUAAAAACAUGGCAAGAUGGGCCAUACAUCUUUAUUGUGCACGUAGUAUUCUCCGCACCACCGACUCCAGAUCCUGGCUCCAAUGCAAAGAGUGACUUACCUACAAGUGCUAACGACCUUUCUUUAACCAUGAAAGUUGAAGUGAAAGGUCCUUAUGAGUACCUAUCGCCUGCCGACUACCCACGUAUGAUAUUCUUCAUGGUCAUGUGCAUUGUGUACGUGUUGUUUGGUGCUCUCUGGCUGGCUUGGUCUGCGUGUUACUGGAAGGACCUACUGAGGAUCCAGUUCUGGGUGGGUGCUGUCAUCUUACUGGGAAUGCUGGAAAAAGCCGUUUUCUAUGCAGAGUUCCAGAACAUCCGCCACUACGGACAGUCAGUGCAAGGGGCGGUUAUCCUUGGAGAGCUGUUGUCGGCCGUGAAGAGAUCUUUGGCUCGGAUACUUGUUAUCAUUGUCAGCCUGGGCUAUGGCAUAGUCAAACCCCGACUUGGUGCGACACUGCAUAAGGUGGUCAUGGCUGGAGCACUCUAUCUCCUGUUCUCCGGAAUGGAAGGUGUCCUGCGUGUCACAGGUCAUUACUUCAGUACUGUGGCACUGAUCGCAAAUUUGAGCCUGUCACUAAUUGAUGCGUGCAUUCUCUUCUGGAUCUUCAUAAGCCUGACACAGACCAUGAAACUGCUGACCUUACGAAGGAACGUGGUCAAGCUGUCUCUCUACAGACAUUUCACGAACACUCUUAUCUUGGCUGUAGUAGCAUCGAUUAUAUUUAUUGUUUGGACUACUAUGAAGUUCCGUCUUGUAGAUUGUCAGUCGGACUGGCAGGAGCUGUGGGUGGAUGAUGCUAUCUGGCGCCUGCUUUUCUCUAUGAUCCUGUUCGUCAUUAUGGUCCUUUGGAGACCGUCUGCAAAUAAUCAAAGGUUUGCUUUCUCUCCACUCACUGAGGAAGAUGACGAUGAUGAACAGAAAGAACCGAUGCUAAAGGAGAGCUUUGAGGGAAUGAAAAUGAGAAGUUCCAAGCCAGAAACAAAUGGAAAUUCUAAAGCCACCAAAGCUGAGGAGGAUUUGAAGUGGGUGGAAGAGAACAUCCCAUCUUCUGUUACUGAUGUGGCUCUCCCAGCGUUGUUGGAUUCUGACGAGGAGAGGAUGAUUACACAUUUUGAAAGGUCCAAGAUGGAAUAAAAAAAAGUGGAUUAAAGAUCAAGCUCCCAGACUGGAUGCACUAAGUGAGCAGGGCAGAUGAAAAUGCUGAAUAUUUCAGAACCAUUGCCCUAGUUUUUCUGAUUGGAGAAGGACCAGCAUUAAGUACUGAGACUUCCAUAGGAAUUUACUGUUUUACCUUGCAAAACCUGAUCAAUUUUAAAAGGUUAAAGGACUUGCCUCAACAUAUAAUAAUAUCCUCCAAAACAGAAAGUUGUUUAAAGCAUUUUAUCCCAAUUUCCCACACACAAAUACAUCAGACUCUGCUAAGGUCAAGAAUACCUUUGUGUCUUUCUGAAGAGCCAACAGGUUUUAUGGUGGUUCCUGCACUUUACUUUCACGUGUAUAAAUUAAUUAAAAAAAUAUAUAUAAUAAACAAUAGACAAUGCGAUGGUUUUACGACAUAUAGGUGGUUGGCUGAUUAGGGUGAAAGUUCUGUGGGAUACUAUUAUAUACAUGUGUGUUAUUCUGCUACAUUUUGUUUACAAACCUUAUGCUUAUACUUUUUUUGUUUUUUUGUCUGUACCAAACCUAAAAUUUAUUUUAUAGGCUGUUCACGGCAACUAACAUUCAUUUUUCUGGUAAAGCCAUCAGCACUGUUGUUUUGAAACAAUAUUGACAAGAAAUGGGAAAUAUUAGUUGCAGUCAUUUAAAUGAGCCCCACCACCAUCUAGUGUGAAACCUGGGGUUAGUAAAUGCAGACAUUCUUCCCAGAGCGCUGAUAUUUGCAUAAUACUGAACCAGCAAAUUAAGUUAACCACCUUUUCAAAUAGCAGUGGAAGGGGGUAAAUCAGUGGAAGGGCCAAUCAAUUAGUCUCCCUCUCACACUCGCUUCCUGGUAGGAACAGAGAAAGGAAAACAGCUGCAUGGAGCAGCACCUCGGACUUUGGCUAGGGGAAAGGGGGCCGUUGUCCUACCACCUUUGUACCUAGCUGGUUGUGUGUCUUUAAGAGCGUGUGUGUGACAUUAAAAUAUACUGUGGCUGAGGAGCCCAUAAACUAAACUGGGUGUUCCCAUUGUGAAGUCGCAGGUAGAGUAUUAAUGAAAAUGAAGAGUUUUAUGUACAAAAGACACUUAUGAGUACAGUGUGUGAUGUAGAACAUCACUUUCAGUGGGGCUUUAGAAAAUAAGCCACAGAAAUAGACUUCUGGACAUAAAAAGGAAGCACGCUUUUAAAUAAUGGUCUCUUAUGCAUGGAACUCCCACUGAAUUUUGAGGGAGUGUUCUAUAAGUCAAUGAUGUCUUGGCAAGUAGAAAGAAGGAUAGCACCAUAAAGACUAUGAAAAGUUAAAGGUCAAACCAUGUCAUACACUGGACUUCAUGAGCUGUUCUCAGUCUGAUAGAACUUUCAUUUCUAACGUGUGAUGGAUUUUACAGAGAGUAUGUUGGAAUAUAGAGCAAAUUCUGUGCACAUUGCUCCUGGACCUUUUUACUUUUUCUCAUCUUCUGUUUGAUUGACAUGUUUGUGCAUUCUAAGUAAGAUGUAUUUGUCUUUUUUUAUAAAUAUAAAAUAACUUAAAAACA